CAUCAAUAACAGCCCCCUUCUCUUUCCAUGCCAAACCACUCACUACUCCCUACAGUACCCUUCUUAACUCUCCCACUACCCCGCCACGCAUCAUCUUCCCCUGAAGCUUCCAACGCUGCUUCAAACCCCCGUCCCACUGUCACCACUCACGACCCGCUUGACCCACUCUGACGACCAAAAGUAAUAAUAUCAAACAUUUGUCAGAAUCUCUCUCUCUCGCUCGCUCGCGCCGCUCCCAAAACCCUCUCUUUUCGAUCCGCGCCACCUCCUUCUUCUUCUCAUCUCUCUCCUUUUCUUUGGCUUCGGCCUCGUGUUGGGGGAGAUGGGGCGAUCGGACGGGCUUGUCCCAGGGUUCCUCCUCGCGGUUUGGGGGCUCGGAUUGGUGUUUUUGGCCUUGCCGGUGGCGGGGAGGUUCGUGGUGGAGAAGAAUAGUCUGAUGGUGACCUCGCCGUCCGAGCUCCGCGGGAAGCACGACAGCGCCAUCGGCAACUUCGGCAUCCCGCAGUACGGCGGGAGCAUGGCGGGCACUGUGGUGUACCCCAAGACCAAUAAAUACGUCUGCGAGGAGUUCUCGGAUUCGGAUUUGUUCAAGCCCAAGCCGGGAGCGCUCCCUAACUUUCUUCUUGUCGAUCGAGGAGAAUGCCUGUUUGCUAAGAAGGUUUGGAAUGCACAGAAUGCUGGCGCCUCAGCAGUGCUAGUUAUUGAUGACAAGGAUGAACCACUGAUUACCAUGGAUCUGCCUCGAGAGGAUGAUAAAGCUGCAAAGUAUAUUCAGAACAUAACGAUUCCCUCUGCGCUCAUUGAUAAAAAAUUUGGCGAAAAGUUAAAGAAGGCUGUUCUUAGUGGUGAAAUGGUGAAUGUGAACCUUGACUGGAGAGAAGCUGUUCCACAUCCAGAUGAUCGUGUGGAGUAUGAGUUGUGGACUAACAGCAAUGAUGAGUGUGGGCCUAAAUGCAACAUGCUGAUGGAUUUUCUAAAGGAAUUUAAGGGCGCAGCUCAACUACUUGAGAAAGGUGGGUACAGUCAGUUUACACCCCAUUAUAUAACAUGGUACUGUCCUCAAGCGUUUAUUGUUAGCAAACAGUGCAAGUCCCAAUGCAUCAAUCAUGGGAGGUAUUGUGCACCUGACCCUGAGCAGGAUUUCAGCACUGGCUAUGAAGGAAAAGAUGUGGUUGUUGAGAAUCUGAGGCAACUCUGUGUGUUUAAAGUUGCAAGUGAGAAUAAAAGGCCCUGGGUCUGGUGGGAUUAUGUGACUGAUUUUCACAUCAGGUGCCCUAUGAAGGAGAAGAAAUAUAACAAAGAGUGUGCUGACACUGUUAUCAAGUCAUUAGGGCUAGAUGUCAAGAAGAUAGAAAAGUGCAUGGGGGAUACAAAUGCAGAUUCUGACCAUGCAAUUUUGAAAAUGGAGCAAGAUGCCCAGGUUGGAAAGGGUUCGAGGGGAGAUGUUACCAUAUUGCCUACUCUAAUUGUUAAUAAUCGACAAUAUCGAGGAAAAUUAGAGAAAAAAGCUGUCUUGAAAGCUAUAUGUGCUGGCUUUGAGGAAACUACCGAGCCAGCCGCUUGUUUAAGUGAUGAUAUUGAAACAAAUGAAUGCCUGGACAAUAAUGGGGGGUGCUGGCAAGAUAAAGCCUCCAACAUCACUGCCUGCAAGGACACUUUCCGUGGCAGAGUUUGUGAGUGUCCGGUGGUUGAUGGUGUGCAUUUCAAGGGUGAUGGUUAUAGCCAUUGCGAAGCAAUUGGUCCUGGAAGGUGCAGGAUAAAUAAUGGAGGUUGUUGGCAAGUAACACGUGGUGGCACGACCUUUUCUGCCUGUCAGGAUACUGGAGACAAUAAGUGCGUGUGCCCCUCUGGAUUCAAAGGUGAUGGUAUCAAAACUUGCGAAGAUAUUGAUGAAUGCAAGGAGAAAACAGCAUGUCAGUGCCCUGAAUGCAGCUGCAAAGAUACUUGGGGAAGUUAUGAGUGCACUUGUAGCAGAGAUCUUCUGUACAUCAGAGAACAUGACAUUUGCAUAAGCAAGAGUGCAAGUGAAGCCAAGGCAACGUGGACCGCUGUUUGGGUGAUCUUAGUAGUCUUGAUUUUUGCUGCUUUUGGGGCAUAUAUUGUGUACAAAUAUAGAUUGAGGUCGUACAUGGACUCAGAGAUCAGAGCUAUUAUGGCACAAUACAUGCCUCUGGACAGUCAAGGAGAGGUCCCAAAUCAUGCCCAUGAAGAAAAUCAUGCCUGAAAUGGAGAUUGGUUUUCAUGAAGGAUUCUCUGCAAUCACCAUGCCUGAACGAGAAAGUCGCAGUGCUUGGUGGACAAAUAAAAGAUGGAUGGGAGGAAUGCCCACAGAAGGAAUAUUUAAUAUUCAAAUAGAUUUUUAAGGGCCGAGGAAAGUUGUUUGUGUGCCAAGAUGGAGUGAGGAUUCUAAAGAUCUUCAUCUUUUAUCAACACAGUACAUGUAUAGAUUUCUGUACACAUCAUAUCCCAAAGGCCUUGUGCUUUGAUGACAUAGCCCAAGGCAUGAACAGUUCACAGGGAUGGUGCUCGGUAUGGUGGCUUUUUAGUUCACGUGGACAGCCAUGUUGACAAUUUGUUUAAUAUUUCGUUAAACAUUGUGCCGACUUUCUGCAAGUGCGGGGGACUGAUGAAGGAUUUCUCAUUGGUUGCGUGAGCUCAAAUUACAUCAAAUGAGAUAGAUUCUCAUUUUCUAGCAGACAUGCAUUUACAGAUUCU